AGGAUGCAAGCAUCCCCUCUGCCAAAGGGAAGAACAGGUGGGAAAUGAGAGGGAAGAAAGGAAGAGUGAAGGUCCCACAUAGCAUCCCAACCCCUAACCCUUCUGACAACCGUCACUAUUCCUGUACACUGACAGUCGCCCCAAUUUUACCUCUCCUUAGGAUGGCUGACGGUGGGGAUCUCCUCAGUGCAGCAAGGAGAUGGAAGCAGCCUCUUGUACACACUGGUCUCCCUGUUCUGUGUUUCUUCUAAGGCUGAGCAGAAACGUCUCAUGGUGCUGGUCCACCUGGCAGAUUCUGACAUCACCUGGCUCAGAGAAAUUGUUGCCCAUAUUUCAAGCCUCUUCAGCCCACAGAUCUCGGAAGGGCAGUUGCUACUGAUCCAUGCUCCAUCCGAUGCCUACCCGACUGUGGACAGCGUCAGGGAUGAGGCCUUUCUUGGAGAAUUCUACUCCAAGCAGAACAUAGAUCACGCCUUCCUCAUGAACUUUGCCACAAAGUUCUCUGAUUACUUCCUGUUAAUAGAGGACAAUGUCUUUAUUGCCCCCAACUUUGUCACCCACAUUUACUCGAGGGUGGCCACCAUGAAGUCCAACUCAUGGGUGCUACUGGAGUUCUCCAAUAUGGGCUUCCUUGGCAAACUCUUCCACAGCAGGGACCUCCCACUCCUGGCCCAUUUCCUCCUCCUCUUCUACAAGGAGAAACUCCUUGACAGCCUGAUUUCUCAUUUCCGUACCCUCCUGGUCCAGGAAAGCCCAAUCCUCUGCAGAUCUUUCCUCUUCUACCGCAGGGUCUCCUAUGCUGCCUUUGAUCACAAGCAGAAGGCCACAGGACUUCGGAAAAAGAACACGAUUGGUCCCAAUAACCCGCCUGCAGCUGUCUUCACUGAUAUGCAGGUUUCCAAUGUGCACUUCCCCUGGGAGGCCUACACUCUGGAUGAGUCAUUCUUUUGGACACACAACAUUAGUAUAGGAAACCACCUGACAGUGGUUCUGAACCAUCCAGCAAACCUGAGCAGGCUGCAAGUGAUGACGGGCUCCAUUGGAUGGGAGGUACGCCCUGGAAAAGGGGCAGGUGGAGCUGGGCUACGAACUUGAGGGGAUGCUUCAGCACUGCACCAGCUUCACCUUGCUGGGACAUCUUCUGGAGGGGCAGAUGGAUCAGCAGAUACUUCUGAAAGGUAUGGGGUACCACAUGAGCUGUGUGAGGCUGGUGGUGAAAGCUGGUCAGGCUGGGGGACUUAUAAUCAGGCAUAUCUACCUCUGGGAGAAAAAUGCCAAUUAGCAGCAAGUGGAUCAAUGCUGAAGACAAAUCAGUAGGAGGGAUGAAAAUUAAAAUCUUAAAGCCAUUUUAUUCUAGCCUAUAUGAGUGGCAUAGGGGAGACACAAGGGAAUUAAGGGCCAAGAGAGAGGACUGUCAAGUCUUUUGGUGCCGCCAAGAUGUCAGGAGACUUGUCGCUUCCUUUCAACUCAAACAACUCACAUAGAAUAUCUUUUGCUGGGGCAGAUAUAGCUUAUUCAAAUUUAGGAAGAGUUGUUGGUCACUCCCAAAAUCUUCAGAUACCUGCGAUGCUAGAUCAGCCCAAAUCAAGGCAUCUGUGUGUAUGUGUAUGUGCGCAAGUGGAUGCACAUCUAUGUUCACACACAGGCAGAGGUGGGGGUGAGGUAUGUGGUCAUAGGAAGGCAGGCAGGAAAACCACAGCCGAAUCCCUAGAACUGACAUCAUAAAAAGCCACAAAAGGGACUCUCGUUAGAAGUGGAAAUCUUGGCCGGGCAUGGUGGCUCACACCUGUAAUCCCAGCACUUUGGAAGGCCAAGAUGGGAGGAUCACCCGAGGUCAGGAGUUUGAGACCAGCCUGGCUAACAUGGUGAAACUCUGUUUCUACUAAAAAUACAAAAAAAAAAAUUAGCCAGGCAUGGUGGCAUGUGCUUGUAAUCCCCGCUACUUGGGAGGCUGAGACAGGAGAAUUGCUUGAACCCAGGAGGGGUGGAAGUUGCAGUGAGCUGAGAUUGCACUUCAGUCUCAAAAAAAAAAAAAAAAAAAUCUCAGAAGUGCAAGAAAGUAGCAGAUGGACAUAUAACAAUAAAACAAAUCCCUUAGCUCUAUCCUUUAAGCUGUUUCAUAGUGCCAAUCUAGUUCCCUCUUUUCCUCACCGACAAACUUGGACACAAAUAGAUUGUAACUAGACUGGGUGUGGUGGUUCGUGCCUGUAAUUCUAGCCUCUCUUAGGAGACUGAAGUAGGAGGAUAUCUUGAGGCCAGAAGUUCAAGACCAACAUAGGCAACAUGGCAAAACCCUGUCUCCACAAAAAAUUAAAAAGUUAGCUGGUUAUGGUGGCAUGUGCCUAUGGUCCCAGCUACCCAGGAGGCUGAGGCAGGAGGAUCACUUGAGCCCAGGAGGUCGAGCCUACUGUGAACCAUGAUCAUGCCAUUGCACUCCAGCCUGGGCAAGAGUGAGACCCUGUUUCAGAAAAAAAAGAAAGUUUGUAACUAAAACUUUACUCUCUCAUCAGCAAUUCACUCCUUAACCCUGGUUUCUGCAUCCAUAAUGCUACUGAAACUCUUCCCUGUUUGUCAUGAUGAGAAUAGUCAAAACCCAGUGACUUUUUCAGCUCUCAUUUUAAGACCUAGUCUUAAAAAAAAAAGAAAAAGUUAAAUUAAAAAAAAAAAAGAAUUAAUUUGGACUCCUACCUCACAUCAUAUAAAAAAUUAACAUAUAAAAGUAUUAUAGUCCUAAAUCUAAGAGUUAAAACUAUAAAAUUCUUAGAUGAAAACAAAAAUAUCAAUCAUGAUCUUGGAUUAGGCAAGUUUCUUAGACAUAACACCAAAACACAAGCAUUCAAAGAAUAGAUAAAUUAGACUUCAACAAAUUAUUAUUAUUAUUUUGAGACAGAAUCUUGCUUGUCACCCAGGCUGGAGUGCAGUGACACAAUCUUGGCUCACUGCAACCUCCACCUUCCGGGUUCAAGCGAUUCUCCUGCCUCAGCCUCCUGAGUAGUUGGGACUAUAGGUGCAUGCCACCAGGCCUGGCUAAUUUUUUUGGAUUUUUAGUAGAGAUGGAGUUUCACUGUGUUAUCCAGGGUGGUCUCAUCUCCUGACCUCAGAUCCACCCGCCUCAGCCUCCCAAAGUGCUGGGAUUACAGGCAUGAGCCAUCGUGCCCAGCCAACAAAUUAAAAUUUUUUUG